UUGAAAGAGCUAGACGGAGCCGCCGGCAGCGAGCAAUGACCAACUUCGCCGUUAAGCUAUGCUAAUUACUUAGCCGUUUUUUUAUUUUUAUUUUUUUUCUUAAAGCGUUAUAUUCUGUACUUUAAGGCCAACUGCCGUCGAUUUUUGUGUUUAGAUUAUACCUCCAGUCAUGUCUACCGAUGGCCCAGCCGACCAGGGAGCAGCAGAGUAUAUUCCAGAGAAGGUGAAGAAGGCAGAAAAGAAGUUGGAAGAAAACCCAUAUGACCUUGACGCUUGGAGCAUUCUGAUUCGAGAAGCACAGAACCAACCAAUAGAUAAAGCAAGGAAGACAUAUGAGCGGCUUGUCACCCAGUUCCCAAGUUCUGGCAGAUUCUGGAAACUAUUCAUUGAAGCUGAGAUCAAGGCUAAAAACUAUGACAAGGUAGAGAAGCUUUUUCAGAGAUGCCUAAUGAAAGUCCUGCACAUCGAUUUGUGGAAAUGCUACCUCUCGUAUGUCCGAGAGACCAAAGGAAAGCUGCCCAGCUACAAAGAGAAGAUGGCACAAGCAUACGACUUUGCUCUGGAUAAAAUUGGCAUGGAAAUUAUGUCUUACCAGAUAUGGGUGGACUACAUCAACUUCCUCAAAGGAGUUGAGGCAGUGGGCUCCUACGCAGAGAAUCAACGAAUCACAGCAGUACGGAGGGUGUACCAGAGAGGGUGUGUGAACCCCAUGAUCAAUAUAGAGCAGCUCUGGAGAGACUACAGUAAAUAUGAGGAGGGCAUCAAUGUGCAUUUGGCUAAGAAAAUGAUUGAGGACCGCAGCAGAGAUUAUAUGAAUGCGAGGAGAGUGGCAAAGGAGUAUGAGACUGUGAUGAAGGGGUUGGACAGGAACGCUCCUUCAGUUCCCCCCCAGAACUCCCCCCAGGAGGCCCAGCAGGUAGAAAUGUGGAAGAAGUACAUCCAAUGGGAAAAAAGCAACCCCUUACGCACAGAGGACCAGACCCUCAUUACAAAGAGAGUGAUGUUUGCCUAUGAGCAGUGCUUGCUGGUGUUGGGCCACCAUCCUGAUGUCUGGUAUGAGGCAGCACAGUACCUGGAACAGUCUAGCAAACUGCUGGCAGAGAAAGGAGAUAUGAACAAUGCUAAGCUAUUUAGUGACGAGGCAGCCAACAUCUACGAGCGUGCCAUUGGGACUCUGCUGAAGAAGAACAUGCUGCUAUACUUCUCCUUUGCUGACUAUGAAGAGAGUCGUAUGAAACACGAGAAGGUCCACAGCAUCUACAACCGACUGCUGGCCAUCGAAGACAUUGACCCCACCCUGGUCUACAUCCAGUACAUGAAAUUUGCCAGGAGGGCGGAGGGCAUCAAAUCAGGUCGCACCAUCUUUAAGAAGGCCCGAGAGGACCCACGCACACGUCAUCAUGUCUAUGUGACUGCAGCACUGAUGGAGUACUACUGCAGCAAGGAUAAAUCGGUGGCCUUCAAGAUAUUUGAGCUUGGUUUGAAGAAAUAUGGUGACAUACCAGAGUACAUCCUUGCAUACAUUGAUUACCUCUCACACCUUAAUGAGGAUAACAACACUAGGGUUCUGUUUGAGCGUGUCCUCACUUCAGGAAGCCUGUCACCAGAAAAAUCUGGAGAGAUUUGGGCUCGGUUCCUGGCCUUUGAGAGUAACAUUGGAGACCUGGCCAGUAUUCUGAAAGUGGAGCGCAGGCGUUUCACUGCCUUUAAGGAUGAGUAUGAGGGCAAAGAAACAGCCUUACUUGUGGACAGGUACAAGUUCAUGGAUCUCUACCCCUGCUCUACUAGUGAACUCAAAGCCCUCGGAUACAAGGAUGUGUCCCGUGCCAAACUGGCAGCAUUGCUCCCAGAGACUGUGGUGACCCCGUCUACGCCCACGCUAAAAGAUGAAGCUGACCGCAAACCUGAGUACCCCAAACCUGAUACCAACCAGAUGAUCCCAUUCCAGCCCCGUCACCUCGCCCCCCCCGGCUUACACCCUGUACCAGGCGGAGUCUUCCCAGUUCCCCCAGCUGCUGUUGUUCUCAUGAAACUGCUUCCUCCACCUAUGUGCUUCACUGGUCCCUUUGUUCAAGUGGAUGAGCUCAUGGAGACCUUCAGGAGAUGCACACUCCCUGAAACUGUGGAUGCCGCCAUAGAGUUGAUCACAGGUAGACAGCCUGAUGCGGGCGGAGAGGGGAAUGGAUCCAUGGAAAAUCACUCUGCUGUCAAAUCACUCAAGAGGCCCAAUGCUGACUCUGACGAGGAGGAUGACAAAGGAGCUGUGGCCCCACCCAUACACGACAUCUACCGGGCGCGGCAGCAGAAGAGGAUUCGAUAGACACUCUGAAACACAGGGUGAACCCUGAAGGAAUGUAACCCGCACUGGUUAUCAUAUAGGGUAAACAUACAUGUCCAUGUUUUUGUGAGUGCGUCUGAAAGGUCCUAGUUCUCUUGAUCCUUGUAAAGUAAGCAUACAGGGCACACAUACACACACAAACAUGCAUACAUGUUCAAACUUGUGUUUUUUAAGGCUUUGUUUUUUUGUUUUUUCCUUUAACGGUUUUUAUUUUUAAAAACUGGAAAAUAUAUUGAUCAGUAUACUAUACUGUAUACUGUUUUUAACUCAACCUUUUUUUUUCUUUGGGCACACAAAAGUUUUGGCCUUUGUUGAUGUUCCAGUGAUGACAAAGUGGAAGGUUUUUUUUUAGGUAAAUGGAGAAAAUGCAUUUCCUUGCAAUAAAAGGGGGAAAGAAUCUAUCCUGAUCUGCUUUUUUAUUUCAAUCUACUGUAUCCAAUAACCCUUUCAAUGACUCCCAAUUUUUACAGCUAUGUCAUGUUUUUGUAAUCACCACCAGGGAGCAGUAUAGAGCACUGCAGGACAGGCUGAGCCACAACAGUGAAGGUGCUGGAUCAUGAUCCCAGACUACUGAAUUAGCAUUGGGCCUUAAAAAGAGCAGCCACCCUCCAUCUGCCUAAAAAUAUUCCCCACAUGACGAACAGAGGGACAUCACAGGCUUAGUUCUGUUAGGUCUGUUUCGACAAGAAAGGGGAGCUUUGAAAACCCUUAUUAGCCUUUGAUUGAAUUAAGCGAGGCUGGCUGUCUGAACUAGAGUCUGGAUGAAUUCUGGAUCCAUUGACUAAGAUGUUUAGUGAAUAGAAGUACCUGUGUUUUCUCCAAGGAGCAGGCACAAUUAUCUUGUGACUGACAACAGAGAUUCCCCCUUAACAGGUUGCUUUGUGGCAAUCGCUAUCGUCGAUUCUCAAGCGGUCUUGUCUUAUUGGGCCAAUACAAAGCAUCAGGAGUCUCUAAAGACAGACGCAGGAAGGAAGCGGUCAGGCAACUAACCUAACAUCUAGUGCUUUCCCAGUUUGCAUAACCACCCAUUAAUAUGGUGAAUACAGAAAUAAUGAACAUUUUUAAUAUAAAUGCAAGUUUAUAAAAUGCACUUGGAAAAAGACAGGUAGAUGCUCUCUUUUGGUAGCUCGGUCCAGAGUUUCGGGGCUCUGACUGAAAAUGCCUGAUCUGCUUAAGAAUUUAAUCUGGAUUUGAGGACAGCGAAAAAGAGCUUUGUCUGUCGAUCUUGGACGACACUUUUGUACUGAUUAGCGUAGAUUUUAUACACCAUGGCAUCACAUGCAAAGGAAGAGACUGAUCUUUUUCAUGCUCCGAGUUCUCAAGUGCCCAUCUCAAGAUUGUGUAAUCAUUUCUCAAGCCCUGUGCAAUGCUCCUAAAGUGGCAUCUUAGUAGUUAACAAUGAAAUAUUGAUUCUGUCGGCCACCUUUAUACACUGUUUCACGUACA